GGGAUUUCUUUAAAGACCCUCUUCCGGAAGCAGAUCUGUACAUCCUGGCCAGGAUCCUCCAUGACUGGGCAGAUGGAAAGUGUUCACACUUGCUGGAGAGGGUCUACCAUACUUGCAAGCCAGGUGGUGGCAUUCUGGUAAUCGAAAGCCUCCUGGAUGAAGACAGGCGGGGUCCUCUGCUCACGCAGCUCUACUCUCUGAACAUGCUUGUGCAGACGGAAGGGCAGGAGAGGACCCCCACCCACUACCACAUGCUCCUCUCUUCUGCUGGCUUCAGAGACUUCCAGUUUAAGAAAACAGGAGCCAUUUAUGAUGCCAUUUUAGUCAGGAAAUAA